AUGCUGGAACCGAAGGUUAUGAUCAUGGACGACGGCCUGGCACGCUACGUGUGUCCGCAGUGUGGCGUGAAGUACAAAAAGAUGAGCGCCCUGCGCGGUCACAUGAAGGAGUGUGGCAAGGGCGCCCAGUGCCCGGUCUGUCCGAAGAUCGUAACACAGAAGCAGCUGUGGAGCGAUUACUACAACUUCGGCUCGCUGACGGACGACCUGUACGGGCGGAGCGACCCGGGACGCCAGCUGAGCCAGCAGGCCCGGCUAAUAGCGGCGCGCAAGAACGGUCAGAACUUUCCCUGCCUCAAGUGCGGCAAGUGGUACUCGACCCGCAGCAUCAUGCUGCGGCACAUGAACCACGAGUGCGGCGUCGAGAAGAAGAUCCAGUGCAAGUUUUGCUACAAAAAGUUCCGCCGCAAAUGGAACCUGGAGCAGCACAUCAAGCGACUGCACAUGAGCGAACGUUCCAUGUCCUAA